AUGGCUGCAUUAGGCUUUACUCCUGCCAGCGGGCACGAUCUUUUCAGCAUUGAAACAACCGAAAAAUCCAGCUGUGAAACAAGCAACGUACUUAAUGGGAAUGAGGUCAGGCAGUUUUACGAACAUUUAAUAAAAGAUGGCGAAGGGCAAGAUGUAUCCAGGAGGAGUGCAAUUAGCCAGAAAGAUAAUGGCAGAGAGCAUCAGAAUAAACAGAGGAACAGAGAGUCCAGUAGAAGAGCGAGGAGGAGAGCCAGGGCUGCAGAGAUGCAGCAGGGUCAAACAGAUUCUGUGGUGCACAGAGUGAUGAGUGGCGAAAGUGAAGCCAACCCAAGAAGACAGACAAGCAAUUCAGAAAGAACCAUGGAGCUCCUGGGGCUCAGGUUGCUGCGUUGUGCCCAUGAUGGGGACAUCUCUGGCGUUAAAGACCUGCUCUCAAAAGGGGUCGACAUCAACUUCCAGGAUACUUACUUCUGGACGGCGAUGAUGUGUGCAAGCUGGUCGGGACAAAGAGCUGCGGUGAGGCUGCUGCUGCAACACGGAGCAGCCUGGGUCGGAGUUGUUGAUACACAGGGCAGGGAUGCCAAAGACCUGGCGCUGGAAGCGGGCCACAGUGAGGUAUUGGAGGAGUUGGAGAGCUAUGGGAGAAGUACACAGAGAGACACACAAUCUGAUAGCAGGGCCCCCCAGCCUCAGUGGUGCGGUGUGUGUUGUAGCGAGUACAGCAGUAGCCUGUCAUCACAUCUCUCCUCCACUCUACAUCUGUUCAGUCUGCGGCGUGCUCCACCCACCCCUUACUACUGCCUCCCCCCCUCCAGCAACAGCUACAAGAUGAUGGUUCGUUGCGGCUGGAAACCAGGGACAGGACUAGGGCCAGAGGGAGAGGGGCCUCAACAGCCAGUGCCAACUGUGCUGAAGAGAGACCAGAAAGGCCUGGGGUAUGGACAGAUGAAAAGAGCCAAAGUUACUCACUUCCAACCCAGGGAUCGUGACGCAGUAAAACCACCAUCCAAGGAGAAAGAGGAGAGAGGAGGAAAAGGACAGAGAAAAGAAGAAAGUAGGAGAAAGGAGCUAAAAGAUAAGAACUGGGAAAGAGAUUUUCGUGCCUCUUUUUAUCUUUGACUCCUGCUUACUCUGACUUUUUUACAAGCCCUUUCUCUCAAACACAUCUCAAAGUAUCUCUCAAACAAACAAUCUAUUACGAAGACAAGUUGUACCUGUUGUAAAGCUCCUGGAAGGUGUUUUCUAACGAAGCCAAUUAAUAUGAAUAUCUUGACUCUACCUCAAAGCUGAAACUGUGUCUGUAUAUGGAAUUAGUUGUGCCGCUGCCCACAGAUGUGCAAUGACCAAAUGUAUUUCAUCUUUGUCAUGGUUUUGUUUUAAUCUGUGUCACCAAAUAUGGCAUAUUUACUAUUGAUCCACUAAGACUUUCAAAAGGUGGAUUUUAUUUCUAUAUAAAAAAAUACACUUGAGGUUCAUGAUCUAGGAAAAUAAAUGUUUUUAAUGUCAAACAGCUAUUUUGAUAUGUUUAAUAUAAUACAAUAUAAAGCAUAUGAGGAAAAGUAGUUUAGAUAUUGAAAGUUGUAUCAGAAAUUUAUCAUGAGUGACUGCAGUAAUGCUGUUCCUAAAGUUCCUAAUAUGGUCCAUGGUUCUUUAACAUAGAAUGUUGCAACAGUGAACUCUUCCUCUGGAAUAGCUCCAGCUACCUUCUUACCUAAUUUGACAGACCUGCAGCCAUGUGACAGGUGAGCUACGUCAUAUGCUUGUGCAUAUCUGCCUUAUCGUCACUGCUGUACAUAACUUCCUCACAUUUGGCCAAGUAGUCUAGAUUGUUAUAUCUCAAAAGCCGGACUCCUUUUUUCUUUUAUGUGUUAGGCUUGGACAUGUUUCAAGAUUGUAUUUAAAUAAGCACAGCACAAGCCACUUCAAAGCCCUGUAAACCCCCCCAUGACUCUACAUGUGACCUCAGACAGGGCCCCUAUUUCUAUUCCAAAGUCCAGGCUGAAGACUACAGGUGGCCGAGCUGUAGUCCUCAGAGCUCUAAGACUGCUAAACACCGAAGUCAGUAUCUUUUAAAUCACAACUUCAAACUUUGUACACUGAUUGACCAGGAAAACCAAACAACCUGUACAUUGUACUCUAAUCCAACAGUCUGGUAUUAAACAAUGUUUUAAUUGUUACAUAGAGAUGUUGAUUUGCUGCUACAUAGAUUAGAUGGACAAUACAAUAUUAGAAAAAACAUGCAAUGCAGUGCAAUACAACAAAAGUUAUUUUAUUUAUAGAGACCAAUAUCACAAUUUGCCUUAAGGGGCUUAACAAUCUGUACAGCAUACACCACUCCCCCUUAUAAAACUGAGUCAUCACCUAGAUGAUUUGCAUUAAUUGCAUUGCAUCAGACAGGUGUUUUUGUACUUUUCUGGUCAUUGAGCACAUAGGCAUGCUUUGUAAAGGAAUCUGUUGUCCUGUUAAAUUUUUUAACAUGUUUUUUUACCCUCUUUAUUCCUCAUUACAGUGGUAUGUGGCUCAGUUAUUCACGCCAUCCCUUCACAGCUUAAAUAAUUGCUGGGUUGUUUACUGGUCCUUUCUAUGCUCUACAUGUUGUGUAUGGUGGUCCUACAAGUGCACAGUUUUCUCCUAAAUUUCAUAAACACGCA